AUGGCAAGCUCUUUCUAUGGGGAACUAGUCCCGGUGCCGGAAGAAACGCUCUUAGAACCCGAGAAAGGCCGCUCAAGAGGGGAAGGAUUGAUAGCGCGCACUUGCACCUACUUCCAAUUUGUCAAUAAGCACACUGGCCAGUAUGUCGCGCCGCUUUAUGAGCAGGCAACUCCACAGUUUCUUGCCGGAUUGCGAAUGAAGUGUCUUGUGGUGUCCUUGACUGGGCGCUCCCGCAACAUCAUACAGGCGGGCUACUGGGGGGUCAAUUUUGACGACUUACAUUUCGUGCUGAUGGAGAUAGACGGGCUCACGGACAUGACGUGUGAGAAGGCCCAGGCCUGGCGAAAAGGGAAGGAAUAUGUGUUAUGGAUACACACGCGCCACUUCGCAUACGCCCUUCAAGAGCCAAGGAACAAUGAAGGGCGCCUACGGCAUUUCCGCCCUCUAGAUCGUGCGCGUGGUCAGCCGUCGUGGUGGGUUGGGAAGUUGGAUUGGAGGCAACUAGUGGCCUAUGAGGUGCCGGAGGAGGAAGAAGAAGAAGAGGAGGACGAGGAGGGUGAGGAGGGUGAGGAGGGUGAGGAGGGUGAGGAGGGUGAGGAGGACGAGGAGGACGAAGGUGAGGAUGAAGGUGAGGAUGAAGGUGAGGAUGAAGGUGAGGACGAGGGCGAGGAUGAAGACGGGGACGAGGACGGAGACGAGGACCGCGGCGGUAAGGGUAAGGGUAAGGGUACUCUACGCAGGUCUGGUUGUUCUCAAGCCUCCCAAGGCCAAACGGGUGAGGUCAGGAGGAGCGAGAGGAAGCGUACGGCGAGGGCGGCCAACGAUGCCAGCUCUCCCCCAGUUACUUUGCGUAGGCGGUCGCAACGGACGUCUACAAGCAGGGGUCAAGGUGCUCCGGGCGAUAACGGGGAGCGACCUGCCAAGCAAGUACGAGUUGCUUCAACACCAGCUGCCGGCCCUUCCGGCUAUGUCUCCCCCAGCUUGUCAAGCCAUGCAGCACCUCUUUUGCCUGUAGCCGAAUCUUCCUCCAGGGUGGUACCUGGUACUCGCGAAGCUACGGAUGAGGGCAGUGACCCAAGGCCGACAAAGAGGGCUCGUUCUGACGCGCCUUUGGCCAAGGAGAAAGGCAAGCAGAGAGCCUCUGACGACGCGCCUACUGCGGGCGCCAGCCACACCUUUCGUUCCUCUUCCCUCCCCUCUCCCCCCAUGCUGCCCCCUCGGGUGGCCAGGCUUCAGCGCAACGAGACACAAGAUGCACAAGCUCCCGCCGCUCCUGCUCCUGCUCCCGCCGCUCCUGCUCCUGCUCCUGCUCCCGCCGCUCCUGCUCCUGCUCCCGCCGCUCCUGCUCCUGCUCCCGCCGCUCCUGCUCCUGCUCCCGCCGCUCCUGCUCCUGCUCCUGCUCCUGCUCCUGCUCCUGCUCCUGCUCCUGCUCCUGCUCCUGCUCCUGCUCCCACCCCUAUUCCUCCCACCACGCCGGCUCCAGCUCCAGCUCCUGCCCCCGCUGGCCAAUCAACACUGCCGGCACCGCUUGGGACACUGCUUGAGGGUGAAUUGCUGGAGGAUCAUGGCUCCGUUGAUAUGAGUCUGAGUAGCGCAGGCGAAGGAGCCCCAGAAGAGACCUCGGGUGCGCAGACCGGGUAUCCUCAAAGGCCCGUUCAACAGCCAAGCGCCGCAAGUGCAGCAGACGUGCACAGGGAGCUAUCCGAGGCGAGGAGUCUCCUCACCCAAGUGAGGUCAAACAGGCCAGUUCACUCAACCACGCCUGGUGAGGUUGCAGGAUCUUCUCGUACCCGCUUGACUGGCGCUGAAAGGGAGAGGAUUGUGAGCGACGCAACCGUGGCUGUGCAAAAUGCUGCUCAGGUUCUGGAGCGUGUGACUGGCCGCCAGGUACAACUUGAUUUGCCAACAAUCCGCCAGGCAGAAGCUCAGCCUCAGUCAAGUGCUGAAUCUCCGCUGGUGAGCACCAAGGCUCCGCAACCGUCUCCUGUGGCAGGGUCGAGUAGGCAGCAGGUUGAACAAUUACCACCCCAAAGGCCAAGAGAUAUGGAGGAGAUCGGCAAUCAAAUGUCCGACCUUGACCUGGCCAACCGCGCGCCUGUUUGA